CAGGGUUACAGUAGGACCAGAGAUUUGGAAAGUGAGGAGCUAUUGGUACAGUUGCCUGCUCUGCAGCAGCUUCUCUAUCGACUUAUUGGUUGCCAGCCAGAAGGAGCUGCUGUUAGCAAUUAUGUGAUACAGUAUGCGUUGGCUCUGGUAUUGAAAGAGAGCUUUAAGAUUUAUUGUGCUAUUAAUGAUGGAAUUAUCAAUCUUAUUGAUAAGUUUUUUGAGAUGCCCAGACAUGAGGCCAUCACAGCCUUUGAUGUCUACAAACGUGCUGGUCAGCAGGCUUCCAGUCUCUCGGAUUUCUAUGAAGUCUGCAAAGGAUUAGAACUUGCUAGAAAUUUUCAGUUUCCUGUCUUAAGAGAGCCUCCACAAUCCUUUCUUGCAACCAUGGAAGAGUAUAUUAGAGAGGCACCACGAGUGGUUACAGUUCCAAAUGAACCAUUGCUUCAGUUGACAUACAGACCAGAAGAAGCUUCUGCUGUAGAAGACAAUGAAUUACCUGUUGAAGAACAGGAGCCAUCAGUGCCAGUUGAUAAUACUGUUGUCCCAGUUUCUGAACCUGCACCACCACCUCCUCCUCCUCCGCCUCAAAACAAUUUUGAAACUGGAGAUUUGCUGGGGUUGAAUGAUGCAACGCCUGAUGCUUCAUCAAUAGAGGAAAGAAAUGCACUAGCCCUAGCUAUAGUUCCCACUGAAGCUGGAACUGCAUCAACUUUUGACUCGGGUGCCACUCAAACGAAGGAUUUUGAUCCAACCGGGUGGGAGCUUGCCCUUGUCACCAAUCCAAGUAACAAUAUUUCUUCAGUCAACGAGAGGCAAUUGGCUGGUGGAUUGGACACGCUCACUCUUAACAGCUUAUACGACGAAAUGGCAUAUAGAUCUGCAAAUCAGCAGGCAGUGUAUGGAACACCUGCCCUGAAUCCAUUUGAAGUGCAAGAUCCAUUUGCCCCAUCAAGCAACAUCCCUCCACCUCCCGCGGUCCAAAUGGCAGCCAUGGCUCAGCCACAAGCAAAUCCAUUUGGUCCUUACGCGCCUUAUCAGCCUCAGCAGCAACAUGUGUUGAUGAAUCCAGCCAAUCCCUUUGGUGAUGCGGGUUAUAGGGCGUUUCCUGUGAAUCCUGUUUCACACCCACAAAAUAACAAUCCAUUUGGAAGCACAGGCUUGUUAUAAUAAUGGAACACUGCUUUCUUUUUCUUUUUCCUGGAGGUGUAAAGUAUUUUAAUCAAUCAAGUUGGUUUUGGUGAAUUCAGCAGUGAGUAAAAUGACGCAUCGGUUUUACUUCUUUGUUGCUGGAUUGAUGAUUUUUGGAAUGGAUAUGCCUGGUUGGUUGCCUUGUAAAAAUUUCAGUCAACAUUGAGAAUGUAAUAAUUGUUUGAUGGUAUAUAGAAUAGUGGGUUCUGCUUGUAUCCUUGCA